AAAGCCAGUGUAAUCUGAUGCUACCGCGUGAAAUUCGCACGUUAAAUUUGUUAUAAAAUAUUUUUUACAAUUCUCUAAUCAACAUAUAAGCUCACAAAAUGAAUUCGAAAAAAUGCUUGCACGAGUUAUUUAACGAACAAGUUUUAAAAACACCCAACAAAACAGCCAUUGUUGACUUCAAUGGACGGACAUUGACAUAUGAACAACUGGACACAAAAACUUCAUUGCUGGCGAAAUGCUUAAAGCAGAAAGGUUGCAAAACGGACUCUAUUGUUGGAAUAUACAUGGAACGAUGCAUGGAAUUCAGUAUCGCCUACAUCGCAGCAUUGAAAGCUGGCGGUUGUUAUUUACCAAUCGAUUACAGCUACCCGAUACCUUUGCUAAACUCGGUUUGCGAGGAUGCCAAGCCGAUCGUGGUUAUUACCUUGUCGUGUUACAAAAAAUGGCUUCCCAACUCACUGUCAAUUAUUUGUCUUGAUGAAGGAUGGGAAAAUGACAUGUCAAAAAAUACAUGUGAUGUUGAGCUCACAACAACAUCAUCGCUUGAUGAUUUAGCUUAUGUUGUUUAUAGUUCAGGAACCACAGGGGCACCCAAAGGUAUUAUGUGUCCACACAGAGGUGCUGUUUAUUCGUAUACUUGGAGACAUACGAAGUAUCCAUUUGAAGAAGACGACCGAGUUGCAAGUAACGUAUUUUUUGUGUGGGAAAUGUUGCGACCAUUAUUAAAAGGAGCAACGCUAUAUAUCAUUCCAGAUGACGUCAUAUACGACCCGCCCGUGCUAUUAAAAUAUUUAAAGGAAAACGCAAUCACAAGGAUUUUACUAACACCUUCUUUAUUAGAGGCGAUUCUUGACGAACGCAACUUAAACGUGCAGUUUUAUCUUCAACAUCUAAAAUUGAUUUGGCUAUGUGGAGAAGUCGUCACAAUAUCUCUCCGCAAUCGUUUCAUCGAGAUUCUCCCAGGUGUAAAGCUGUUAAACUUGUACAGCAUAUCUGAAUGCCAUGACGUGAGUGCUGCAGACCUUUCUAAAGAAGAACUAGAGAAGCGUAUCACAAACAUCGGAGCGGUUGGAAAGUUCUGUCCUGUUGGUAAAGUUAUUGAAGGUGUGCAUGUCGUUAUACUGGACGAGACGUUGAAGCAGUUACCAAUAGGAAUGCCAGGAGAGAUUUAUGUGGGAGGUCCUACUCUAGCGCGUUGUUACGUCAAUCGGCCUGACUUAACGAAAAAAAAAUUUAUCGAAACGCCUUGUGCGUUGCAAUCGUUAUUUGGUUCUAGAUUAUAUCGGACAGGAGAUUGGGGCUAUUUGCUAUCCAAUGGAGAACUAGAAAUUUGCGGGCGAUGUGAUUCAAUGGUCAAAAUUCGCGGAUUUAGUGUCGAGCUUCAGGCUGUCGAAGCAGUGUUAUUGGAAUUGCAGAUAGUGAAGGCUUGCAAAGUUCAAGUGCAUGGAGAAGAAGGAGAAGACAAAUAUCUUGUAGCUUAUAUAGUCUCCGCAAAAAAGACAUCAAAACGUGAGAUUCGUGCAGCAUUAAAAGCAAAACUACCAGGAUAUAUGAUUCCAUCAUAUUUUGUUUUGCUCACCAGCGUACCUAUUGCUGCAUCAGGGAAGCUAGAUGCAACGAUGUUGCCGCACUUUGAAAAGAAUAAAGAAAAAGAUGAGGAUUUCAGUGACUCGCCGAAUACUCCAACAGAAAAAUGGCUUCAUGAAAUUUGGAAAAAGAUAUUAAAUUUAAAACAAGUAGAUACUCAAGAAAAUUUCUUCGACAUUGGAGGACAUUCUUUACUAGCUGCAAGAAUGUUGUCAACAAUUCGUGAAGAAUACAAGAUCAAGUUGAGCAUGAUUGAACUGUUCAACAACAAUACUAUUGUGGAGCUAGCAAGUUUAAUUGACUUGAAAACUGGAAAGAUAAAAACACGGAGCACAAGCGUUGAUGUUGAGAUUGAUCUGAUGCACGAAGUAGAAUACUACGAUCAAAGUUUUAUCAAUAUGGAUAUGAUGCUACGUGCAUUUUGGAGAUCAUGUCAAUACGAACAUCGCUGGACCACGGGACGGGUAUUUUUAACUGGAUCCACUGGAUUCUUAGGCGCUUUUCUACUAAAAGAACUUCUAAUGUCGACAAAGGUACACAUCUACUGCUUAAUCCGUGAAAUGCCAGAAAGUAGCGUCGAACACAGACUACGAAGUAAUCUAGAAAAAUAUGGCAUCUUACCCGAGCAAUCUGAGGUUGAUGGAGACAAAGAUGAUGAAAUGGUACGGACGCUAAAGGAAUAUGAGACUAGAGUAACUGUAAUUAAAGGUGAUGUCAGUGUGCUGCAUUUUGGUCUCACAAAUGACGAUUAUGCAUAUCUUUCUUACGAGAUUGAUUUUAUUAUACACGCUGCAGCGGUAGUGAAUUUGGUCUACCCUUAUAAGACGUUACACGGAACAAACGUUGUUGGAACGCAGAAUAUCUUGCUGUUUGCUGGAAGUAGCAAAAUAAAACCAGUUCACUACAUAAGCACCGAUGCAGUAUUUCCACCGAAUUGCUCAGCUUGUGACGAGGAUAGCGAUAUGAGCAGUCUUCAUAAACAUCUGAACUAUGGCUAUGCCCAAAGUAAAUGGGUAUCGGAACAGCUCGUAUUAAGGGCAGCCAAGCGAGGUUUACCUGCGGCCAUCUAUAGAUUAGGAAACGUUUCUGGCGAGAGUGUGCGUGCGUAUUGGAACAAAUCAGAUUUUAACCUAAUGCUUUUGUUGACAUGCAUACACAGUGGAUAUGCACCUUACAUGGACUUCAAAAUUGAAAUGACACCAGUUGAUUUUGUCAGUCGCGUGGUCGUGUCAUUGACGCAGCAAAUCUCAUGGUCGUUGGGAAAGGUUUAUCAUAUUAUUAACACAAAACCAAUUGAUUCGAAACAUUUAUUUGAAUGGAUAUCAACAAAUGGUUACCCGUUGUCGCUGGUUCCUUAUAACGAAUGGAAAAGCAAGGUCGAAAAGAAAGCCAUGGAACAGUCAGCAGCGUAUAUGGAAAACACGUUACAAAUUAUGAAAUCAAUGGACAAUGCAGUUGUUGCUGAUAAAAGAGUUUUCAAGAAUAUAAAUCUACAAAAGUUUCUUCAAAUAUUUUUAAAAACAAAAUACCAGUACAUCAACAGUUCACUCCUAAAGUCGUACACUGCAGGAUUAACUGCUCGUGGAAUCAUUCCAAAACCAAAGAUUUCUCAUCCAGUUUUGCGACCACUGGCGAAUCGAGUAGCUGUUGUAACAGGAGCUUCAAGUGGAAUCGGCGAAGCAAUUGCGCGAAAACUUGCUGAAAGUGGAGCGACAGUUGUUUUGGCUGCAAGAAACCUUGACAAAUUGGAAAAAAUCCGAAAUGAACUUGUUAUACGAGGAAACAUUGUUGCUGCCGUUAAAGUAGACGUCACAAAAUCGACUGACUUAAAGAGGCUGGUUGAGCAAACCGAAGAAAUGUUUGGUACUAUUGAUAUUUUGGUGAACUCCGCAGGUGUAAUGUACUACACCAUGAUGAAAAAUUUUCAUUUAGAAGAAUGGGAACGACAGGUUGAUGUCAAUUGCAAAGGUGUAAUGAACAGUAUUGGUGCAUUUUUACCCGGCAUGCUUCGACAGGAAAGCGGACACAUUAUCAACAUCAGUUCUGAUGCUGGUAGAAAAGUUUUUCCUGGAUUAACUGUUUAUUCUGCAUCCAAAUUCUUUGUGGAAGCAUUAUCGCAAGGUCUUCGAUUGGAAACAGCUAACACAGGUGUUAAAGUCACGACAAUCCAACCAGGUGACGUUCGAACAUCAUUGUUUCAACUCACUACAGACGAGGAGGCUAAAAAUGAGUUCGCACAAACCAAUGAAGAACUAUUCUUGGAACCUGAAGACAUCGCUAAUGCAGUUAUCUACGCAGUAACGCAACCAAGAAACUGUUCUGUCAAUGAAAUACUUAUUGAACCUCGCCAGUGCCCAAUUUAAUUUCUCUAUUUCAAUCUAGCUAUAAAACAAAGGACCAGAAAACGUUUCAUCAGUUAUAAGAAUGGAGUUUGAAUACUUAUACAUUUAGAGAGGAAUCUGAAAAAAAAAUGAAUAUUGGAGUGAAUUUGCGGAGGUGUUUUUACGCUCAAAAUAUCGAUAUAAAAGCAAAUUAUGAAUGUUCAUUUUUGCGUCCAAUCUGAGUUGGACAUAUUACUUACAAAAAGACAACCAUAUUAAAUAUACAAAUUUUAAUCUUUCCCGUGCGACCAAAGGACAAACAGAAUUUUUAAAAUGCAUUUUCCUGUAAGCGUAUUAUUUCGAGAUAAGAAAAAUUCACUCACAAGUUUUACGAUUUUCUCUCCGCAAGAAAGUUUGCAUUUAACUGUUUGACUUGUACAGGCUCUAGGCGACACUUUUGUUUGUAAUUUGAUUUGAUGGUAGAUUUUUUUUUUCAGUUCGUAAAUUUCCACGCUACCAGGACUUAUUCUUGACAUUAAUUCCUCAAAAAAUUAUCAACUAGUGUUGUAUGUAUAGGAAAAAAUGAUCGUGGUUGUGCCACACUUGUGACUCUUUGCCAGGAAAAGGCAUUUUAUAUAUAUCAAGAAAUAAAGCAAAAACAUAUACACUUU